GUGAGGUGUCGGACUCCAUUUUCACCUGGAUGAGCAGAAGGAAGAAAAGUGAGCAGACUGAAGAUGAGUGGUUAUCAGAACAGGAGGGAGUCCAUGACACCUCCUCUAAACUUCAGUAAUGAACCUGGACCCUCACACACAAAAGGUCAGGACCACAGACUGAGAGCAGAGUCUCCAGGGUCCAGCUGUGUGUCUCUAAAGAGUGACCGGUCCAUGGAACCUCCUCUAUUCUUCAGUAAUGAACCUGGACCCUCACACACAGAGGAGAGGAAGAGGAGUCAUGUUUCUGAGGAGGAGCAGUCGUCCUGCUGUGCUUCGUGUCAGGACGUCCUGAAGGAUCCAGUCUCCACCCGCUGUGGACACUGGUUCUUCCGACGGUGCAUCACCUCACACUGGGACCAGUCUUGUUCUACAGGAGACUCCUCCUGUCCCCAGUGUGGACAAAGAUCCAGAACAGGAGCUGGAGCUCAGACAGCCGCAGAUCGUGGUCUGCAGGAGGUUUUAGAUGAACAUAAGCUCAGUGUGAGGAGGAGAUGUGAACAUGUGACUGAAGGAGCUGAUGAAACCGGAAGUAGAACCCUCCUCAACAGGAUCUACACUGAGCUCUACAUCACAGAGGGACAGAGUGAAGAGGUUAAUACUCAACAUGAGGUGAGGCAGCUUGAGAAGGCUUCCAAGAGGAAGAUCCUCCACGACACUCCCAUCAAGGUCCACGACAUCUUUAAAGCCUCCACUGACCAGCAGAGCAGCAUCAGAGUCGUCCUGACCAACGGCGUCGCUGGCGUUGGAAAAACCUUCUCUGUGCAGAAGUUCACUCUGGACUGGGCAGAGGGUUUAGAGAACCAGGAUGUGGAUCUGCUGGCUGUGUUUUCGUUCAGGGAGCUGAACCUGGUGAAGGACCAGCAGCACAGUCUUCUCACGCUGCUCCAUGUUUUCCAUCCAGCGUUACAGAAGCUCACUGCAGAGACGCUCGCUGUCUGUAAACCUUUGUUCAUCUUUGACGGCCUGGAUGAAAGCAGACCUUCUCUGGACUUCAACCAUAGGGAGCUUGUGUCUGAGGUCACACAGAGGUCAUCAGUCAACGUGCUGCUGACAAACCUCAUCCGGGGGAAUCUGCUUCCCUCGGCUCUCGUCUGGAUAACCUCCAGACCUGCGGCGGCCAAUCAGAUUCCUCCUGCAUGUGUUGACAGGGUCACAGAAGUACGAGGCUUCACUGAGGCCCAGAAAGACGAGUACUUCAGGAGGAGAUUCAGUGAUGAAGAGCUGUGCAGCAGAAUCAUCUCACACAUCAAGAGGUCCAGGAGCCUCCACAUCAUGUGUCAAAUCCCAGUCUUCUGCUGGAUCAGUGCUACAGUUCUGGAGCACAUGUUGACCACAGACCAGAGAGGAGAGCUGCCCAAGACCUUGACUGACCUGUACUCACACUUCCUGCUGGUUCAGACAAAGAGAAAGAACAACAAGUACAGUGUGGGACACAAGACAACUCCACAACAGCUGAAGAGGGCUGACAGGGACGUUCUCCUGAAGCUGGGGAGGCUGGCACUUAAACAACUGGAGGAAGGAAACAUCAUGUUCUACCAAGAAGACCUGGAAUGGUGUGGUCUUAAUGUCACAGAGGCCUCAGUGUACUCAGGAGUUUGUACUGAGAUCUUCAGAAGAGAGUGUGUGAUCUUCCAGAAAUCAGUCUACUGCUUUGUUCAUCUGAGCGUUCAGGAGUUUCUGGCUGCAGUCUACAUGUUCCACUGUUACACCGAGAGGAACACAGAAGAACUCAACAACUUCUUGGGAACAUAUGGGAACAGAGACAGUACCUUCUCCCUGGAUGACCUCCUGAAGAGAACCAUGGAGAAAUCCCUCACCAGUACAAAUGGUCAUCUGGACCUGUUUGUUCGCUUCCUUCACGGCCUCAGUCUGAAGUCCAACAGGAGAGUCUUAGGAGGCCUGCUGGGUCGGACAGGGAACAAUCCAAAGAUCAUUCAAAGAGUCAUCAACAACCUGAAGGAGAUGAAGAGUGAUGAUAUUUCUCCUGACAGAAGCAUCAACAUCUUCCACUGUCUGACUGAGAUGAACGACCACUCAGUUCAUCAGCAAAUGCAACAGUUCCUGAGGUCAGAGAACAGAUCGAAGAAAAAACUCUCUGAGAUCCACUGCUCAGCUCUGGCCUACAUGCUGCAGAUGUCAGAGGAGGUUCUGGAUGAAUUGGACCUGGAGAAGUUCAACACAUCAUUCCAGGGUCGAUGGAGACUGAUCCCAGCUGUGAGGAACUGCAGGAAGGCUAAACUUGAGGGUUGUCUACUCACAGAGACUCACUGUGAAGUUGUGGCCUCAGCUCUGAAGUCAGACCCCUCACAUCUGAGAGAACUGGAUCUGAGUGGAAACAUUAACCUGCAGGAUUCAGAAGUGAAGCUGCUGUGUUCUGGACUGGAGAGUCCAAACUGUCGACUGGAGACUCUGAGGUUGGAGAGCUGCUGUCUGUCAGAGAUCAACUGUUCUUCUCUGGCUUCAGCUCUGAGGUCAAACCCCUCUCAUCUGAGGGAACUGGAUCUGACAAGAAACAACCUGCAGGACUCAGGAGUGAAGGAGCUGUGUGGUAUUCUACAGAGUCCAACCUGUCAACUGGAGACUCUGAGGUUAAAGAGCUGCAGACUGUCAGAGAUCAGCUGUUCUUCUCUGGCUUCAGCUCUGAGGUCAAACCCCUCUCAUCUGAGAGAACUGGAUCUGAGUAGCAACAAAAGUCUGCAGGACUCAGGAGUGAAGGAGCUGUGUGGUUUUCUACAGAGUCCAACCUGUCGACUGGAGACUGUGAGGUUGUGUGGCUGCAGACUGUCAGAGAUCAGCUGUUCUUCUCUGGCUUCAGCUCUGAGGUCAAACCCCUCUCAUUUGAGAGAACUGGAUCUGAGAGGAAACACCCUGCAGGACUCAGGAGUGAAGGAGCUGCUUGAUCUAAAGCAGAGUCCGACCUGUCGACUGGAGACUCGCUCAUUCAGUGAAACAUGUCUUCACCUGUAA